AGUCACCAUAGAUAACAUAGACAAAUAUUGCAAUGUCAAAAUCACCAAGCCGAGCCGCUUGUCAAUUGUCAUCGAUGUCAACAUUGCUAAAUCAACUAAAAGAAAGAAGAAAUUUCUAAACGGUUUCAUCCACAAACGUUGUUUCUUUACUGAAGAGAAUUAUAUACCAUGGCUGGACCUAUACAGGACGUUGUAGAAGAAGAUGCAGCAGAUUUGCAGUUUCCCAAAGAAUUUGAAAAUGCAGAAACCUUACUAAUAUCAGAAGUUGACAUGUUGCUGGAACAUAGAAAAGCCCAGAAUGAGUCUGCGGAGGAGGAACAAGAAUUCUCUGAAGUUUUUAUGAAAACCCUGACAUAUACUAACAUGUUUAAAAAGUUUAAAAAUAAAGAAACUAUAGCUGCAGUCAGAAACCUUCUUCAAUCGAAGAAACUGCAUAAGUUUGAAGUGGCAAGUUUAGCAAAUCUGUGCCCUGAGACACCAGAGGAGGCUAAAGCUCUGAUACCAUCAUUAGAAGGAAGAUUUGAAGAUGAAGAACUAAGAAUACUGUUAGAUGAUAUACAGACCAAGAGAAGUUUACAAUAUUAGACAAUGAUUUAAUUAUUUAAGUUUUAUAUACUAAG